GCACAUGGAGAUCUCUUGCCGCGUUUAAAAUCUAAAACGCUCCGUUGAUGGUGACUGUUGUUUAACUACGGUCGGCUUUUCUGUAACUUUCGCCCCUCGAUCUCUUGACUAGGUCUCCCUCUCCCUCUCUCUCCCUCUCUCUCGGCCGUCGAUUUCAUCAUUCACGUAGAUAUGAAGCUCACCGUCAAGACUCUCAAGGGUAAUCAUUUUGAAAUUAGGGUUCUACCCUCCGAUACGAUAAUGGCGGUGAAGAAGAAUAUAGAGGAUUCACAAGGCAAAGACAAUUAUCCAUGCGGGCAGCAAUUGUUGAUUCACAAUGGAAAAGUUUUGAAAGAUGAAACUAGCUUGGUGGAGAACAAGGUUACCGAGGAAGGUUUUCUUGUCGUUAUGCUUAGCAAGAGCAAAACGGCAGGUUCAGUUGGCCAGUCUUCUGCUCAGCCUGCUACCGCUACCACGUCUACCACAUCUUCGGCUAAGCCUGCAGCUCCAUCUACAAUACAGUCUACAGCCGUGCCUACUUCUUCUAUUCCUUCUCAAGAACAACCGAGUUCAAUGAUAUGUGGCAGGGCACAGACUGACACCUAUGGAGAAGCUGCGUCAACAUUGGUUAGUGGCAGUAGUCUUGAGCAAAUGGUCCAACAGAUAAUGGAAAUGGGAGGCGGAAGCUGGGACAAAGAAACAGUUACUCGUGCACUUCGUGCAGCUUACAACAACCCUGAGAGAGCAGUGGAUUAUCUAUAUUCUGGAAUUCCUGAAACUGCUGAAGUAGCGGUGCCUGUACCUGUGGCUCAGUCGGCAGGAUCUGGGGCAGCCCCUGUCACACCUGCAUCUGGAGGACCUAACUCAUCUCCUUUGGAUUUAUUCCCUCAGGAAACAGUUGCUGCUGCUGGAUCUGGUGAUCAUGGGACGCUUGAAUUUCUUAGAAACAAUGACCAGUUCCAACAAUUACGCACCAUGGUCCAUUCCAACCCUCAAAUUCUCCAGCCCAUGCUUCAGGAACUUGGAAAGCAAAACCCUCAACUUCUGAGACUAAUUCAGGAGAACCAAGCAGAGUUUCUUCAGUUAGUAAAUGAGCCCUAUGAGGGAUCUGACGGGGAUGCUGAUAUGUUUGAUCCACCCGAGCAAGAAAUGCCACAUGCCGUUAAUGUAACCCCAGCAGAGCAAGAAGCAAUUCAACGGCUGGAGGCAAUGGGAUUUGAUAGAGCCUUAGUAAUAGAAGCCUUCCUGGCAUGUGAACGUAACGAAGAAUUGGCAGCUAACUAUCUAUUGGAGAACUCAGGAGAUUUUGAAGACUGAGUUCACAACAGAUUAUCUCGAUUCGAAAAAGUUUUGGCUCUUUACUGACGCUGAAUAUUUUGUUCUCAUGGUCCGACAAGUAAUGUGUGGGAUUUGGUCUCUCCCUCUGUGACUUAGUUUUUUUUUCUCUUUUGGGGCUGGAAUAUUCUGUUCAUGCGUUUGCGUUUUCUGGCGAUUUGUGCGGUUGUGAUAGAUAUUUCUAUGGGGUAAAAAAAAAGCAGAGAUACAAAAGUGUGAUCACGUAAAUCUUGAGGGGUGGAUAAACACAUAAAAGUGUAAUUGAUAUUUUAUCCUAACUAACAUGGCCCUAUGUUCUUGUGA